AGGGAAGAAAGGACAGAGUCCGAUUGACUGGGCUGUGGGAAUCAUGGAUCUCAAACACAGUCCUUCAGUGAAGCUAAAUGAUGGACACUUCAUGCCAAUGCUUGGAUUUGGAACAUUUGCUUCUAAAGAGAUUCCAAAGAGCAAGGCUACUGAGGCCACCAAAGUAGCCAUUGAUGUGGGUUUCCGUCACAUAGAUGCAGCAUACUUUUAUCAAAAUGAGGAAGAAGUUGGACAGGCCCUCAGAGACAAGAUAGCUGAUGGAACUGUGAAGAGAGAGGAUUUAUUCUACACCACCAAGAUUUGGACAACUUUCUUCAGACCAGAGUUGGUUCGUCAGUGCCUGCAGAGAUCACUGAAGAAACUUGGACUGGAUUAUGUAGAUCUCUGCCUUAUUCAUAUGCCGAUUGCCAUGAAGCCUGGAGAGGAACUUAUUCCAAAGGAUGCCAAUGGAAAAAUCAUUUUAGAAACAGUGGACAUUCAUGACACAUGGGAGGCCCUGGAGAAGUGUAAGGAUGCAGGCUUAGCAAAAUCUAUAGGGGUGUCAAAUUUCAACCACAAACAGCUGGAAUCGAUUCUAAACAAACCAGGUUUGAAAUACAAACCCACUUGCAAUCAGGUCGAAUGUCACCCAUAUCUCAACCAGAGUAAACUCCUGGAGUUCUGCAAGUCCAAAGACAUUGUUCUAGUUGCGUAUAGUGCCCUGGGAUCCCACAGAGACCCAAACUGGAUCAGCAGUGAUAGCCCAUACCUCCUGGAAGAUCCUGUCUUAACGACCGUUGCCAAGAAACACAAUAGAACUCCGGGCCAGGUUGCCCUGCGCUAUCAGCUGCAGAGGGGUGUGGUGGUUCUGGCCAAGAGCUUUAAUGAGAAGAGAAUCAAAGAGAACUUCCAGGUGUUUGACUUUGAAUUGACCCCAGAGGACAUGAAAGCAAUUGACAGCCUUGUAGUGGCUAUUCCUGGUUGUCAACUUGACUAUAUUUGAAAUGAACUACAAUCCAGAA